UUAAGUGUAGAAUUCUGUGCCUGGCCCAGACGUGCAAAGAUUAGAACGGAUCGCUAGGCCAGAGAGGGAUCAAAGAAACAUGCAGCUAAGAUUUGGAGAAUCUUUGCCUCUUUGGCCUUGGCUGACCAACUACUUUUGACUUUUGAGCACAGAAUUCUACGUGCUUUUGAGUGUGUGUGUAUGUGUGCCGUGUGCAGAAGAGGUUGUUUCCGCUUUUAGCGUAGCGACAAGGAAAUGUUUAUAAAUGGCUGUCGUAACUGUAUACACAAUACAUGAGAAUUAUCACAUGCGCAUUUCCUUCGUAGAUUAUUAUUCAUAGUUCAUGUACGUGUGCCGAUACAUCAGCUAUACGAGGAAAUUGGAGCACUACAAAUUUAGUUAUAAAUAGAUCUAGGUCCUAAACAAAAGGUGAAAGAGAAACAGUUAAAAACAAUAGAUCUACUACGCCCACCAACUAGUACUUUUAGAGCCUACCAUGAAGAAAGGUUCUGGCGGAGGGGCUGUCCCGAAAGAGACUGGGAAGACAAAAUCUGGAUCAUCUUCAAGGAGCUCUGGGCUACCACAUGGGAAUGCAGCUCCAGCAAAGAAGACUGGGGCAGCAAGACCUACUGGGGAGCGUUCCAGUAAAGCUCCAGUCCCCAAAGGACAGCAAGCAUUGAUGCAAAAGCUGCAAGAUGCUCAGAUGCCCAUAAAGAAAGUAAAUGGGAUGUAUGUCCCUGAAGGCUACAGAAUGAGAGAAAUAAAACCAGCAAAAAACUAUGACGUUGUGUCAAUGGCUAAAGCUAUGAAUGAUGAUUUUGCUCCCAAACUUAAAGAACUGUUCGACACUGAGACUGCUGCUGCAAUUGAAGCCCAAAAAACUGGAAUCUACAUUGGUUGGCGAUGCCCUGAGUUUCAACAUGACUGCCAACGCGUUUUCCACACAUCCAGAUGUUUCUGUGACCAUGCCCUCUCAGAACAUGCACAGUACAAUGCUCUGAGUGUCAAAGUGCCUUGUAGAAUUCCUGGCUGCAACUGUAAAGCUUUUGAGUGGAUUCCGAACCGACCAGAGGACAUAGGAGAAUUUUGGCUACCCAAACGUCCAGGCUUUGAUGCUGCUGCAUGGAGAGCCAAGUGCAAGUGUAAGCACACACACAACUUCCAUGAUGUUCAGAGGCCUCACAGAUGCAAAAGCAAAGGAUGUGGUUGCAGCACUUUCUGGUCAGACUUUUUAUGUGCAGCUUGUGACAGGCACUGGGAGGACCAUCAGACGUUUUUCGACUCUGAGCAGUCGCGCAGAGAGCAAGGUCUACCUGUUGGAACUGACUGGCUGCCUUUUGCUGAAAUGCCGGAUCUUAGAAACAUAGCUCUCUCUGGAAAUGAGGAAGAUGACAGCAAAUAUCUUGCCCUCCGGGAGUAUGAUGCCAUUCCUGCUAAUGCUGUCACAGGGAACAAUGAAGUUGUCAACUUUGGAGGUGGAAGGAACCCUGGAACUUCAAGAGAUUUUGGUGGGAGAGGGGGACGGUUUGGAGGUGCUGCUGGGGGUGGUGGUGGUGGGAGGUCUGGCUUUCGCCCAGUUUAUGAUUAGCUUAAUGAUUGACAAAAGCUCAAGAUGAGUUUACUGAGUGUAACAAAUCAGAAAAAUAAAAUAUUAAUGUCGCAAGACUGGACCUUUGCUUUCCAUUAUUAAGUUCUGAAGACUUUUGUUGUUUGUGCAUGAAUACCAAGAUUGGUGCUUUUGAACAUAUAUAUAUAAUGUGUUGCGUUGAGGUGAAAUCAGGCACUCGUCAAAAUAAUGAAAUCGAAGAAACAAACCUUUUUUAACUAUUGGGAAAUUUUCCUUAAUUUUUUUGAGGGGCUCAACACUUUUUUUUGUCCUUUUAAAAACACAUUUCUGUGUGUAUUUUACUGAAAAAUGUCGUUCAGAUGCACAACAAAAUGUACAUAUGCAGUUUCCAAUGACUCUCAAGCUCUGGAUGUUGCCAAACUUCGUUGGAUAUUUUCUCGCUAAUUUCCUCCAGACAUUAGGCGACCCCUACCUCAUUCAAUGGCAAAUAUCUCUACUUCUAUUCAGGAUAGAUGGAUCCUUUUUUCAUCAAAAGCAAGACAAAUGAACAAGCGUCAAGAUAAUAUUAAUAGCGCCACUUACUCAAAAACUGACAAGCUCCUGAUUCCGCUGCGUCACAACAAGAUAUAAAAAUUGUUGGACUUUAAUAGACUGUGAUAUGAUGGUGACUUUUAAUUUGCUUUUUUUCCUAUUUAACAUACUUAUUAUGCUUUUAUGGUUUUGUGAAACCUCUGUUGAUGGCUAAUCUGAUGAUAGAUGAAGUACUUAUUUUUAUGCUGAAAAUAUUGCAUGAUAUCAUUUAUAAUACAAUGGAACCUGCUCUAACAGCCGCCUGUUUAAGACAAUCACCUGCACAAAUAACCACUUCCCAUUCCAUUCUUGCCUGUUUUUUUGUGUUAUGACCACUCUGUGUAAGACAUCCACCUAUCUAAGAUAAGCAAUUUUUUCCUCAUCAAGUAGUGGCUAUCUUAGACAAUUUAAACUGUAUUUUUUCUCAUACUUGUUUCUCUGAAAUAUCAAAAUUUUGGAUCUGAGAUCAAAUAAUAAUCACUCGUAGAACACAUUUAUCCUAUAGUGUUACAGUUAAAUGAAUCUGUUUUUGCAUUUUACAAGGUAAAAUAGAAUGGAGGAUACUCCAUUUCAACAAACUGUCUCUUUUUAUAUUCUCUCCAUUUUUGCACAACUAAAGAUGUGCAUAGAUACAUAUGAAAAUAAUAAUAAGAAUUUUAUUCUAUCAUGUUGAGACCACGGCUGUCUGGUUACAAAUACAUUUUUUAAAGCAUUUUUCUUGAGAAUUUGACUUCAGUUCUCUUCUAUUUUUCUUUUUUGAGAUUUGCAUCCAGGAAAAAAGAUAAUUUCAUAAUGACUAUAAUAAGAUAAAGAAUUGCUUUACUAUUUUCCUAAUUCACAAAAGCCUUUCAUGUCAUAUAUGGCAUUCAAAAGGUUUAAAUAGUGAAUAUCUGAGGCGGGUUGUUGUUACGUGGUCUCUUUUUGUGAAUUAUUUGUUUGCUUUAUCAUCUCAUAAUUACUUUCUUUUACUAUUGUUUCUCUGUCUGUUUGAUAAUUUUAUCUUUUGUUAUGCCCAGAUUAUGCAAUGCUCUUGUUCUUCCCUAAUACUCCGCUUUGAAAUCAUAAUCAAGAAUAUUUUGCUUUUAAGAUGACAAAUUUUCUCAAAUACAAAGUUCCCACUCAUCCUAGGAAAUGGGAAAAAGCAAGGAAUUUCAUUUUCAGAUUUCUUGGUCUUGAAAAAAUGGGUGUAAAAGAAAAUAUUGAGAGAAAAUCGGGAGAUCAGAGGGCGGCCCAUCAUUAUGAGCUUGAUGGAAUUGUUAUGAUUUUUUAUUCCAAUUUUACAAAAAUACAAUCGUAACACCUCUGAUUGCAAUCUCAAACAAAAUUAUUUGUCUUUUGGCGACCCCAACUCAACCCCCCAACAUGGCGUUUAAGGAAGAAAAACAGUCUGAUCCCAAAAAGUCUACAUCACUACUUAAAAUGUUGCUUUCUAAUUUUAACACUGUCUGUGCACAGAGCCCUUGCAGUUGCUCAGUGCCUCUUUACCCUCACAAGAACAUUAGAUACACCAAAACCAGGAGCAAGGCCAACAUUAGUUUGACCAUUGUGGGUCAUGGUCUAGGCCAAUGAUAAAAUUAAAAAUAAAAAGAAACAGAUCAAGUUAACAUGAAACAAUCAGCUGCAGUGUGUGGCAUGGCAUGUAGUGAUGCACAAUCAGGAUCAAAGGCUUGUGAUGCAUCCUUUCAGCUUCUUUUGUUUUGUACAAGAAUUGAGCUGACAGUCAAUAACUACACCCCUUUCCCCCUUACACACACACACACAUACAUGCACGUACGAAUGCAUGCAUGCACACACGCACACACACACACAAACACACAUACAUACACGCUCACACACUACGUCUUUUUUUCUUUAACUUGACUAAGAUGAGCCUGCCGAAACCUCUGUCAUGGCAACUUUGUUUUUGUUACAUUUGUCUGACAACCCCUAUACUUGACACCUCAAGGAAAGGGACUAUCUAUGGCCAUAAUACCAUUUUUCUCUUGAUAUCCUCUUCAUUGCUUUUUCCUCACUCUGAUACCUUUUAGAAAAAAAUCGCUCAAGAAAUAUAUAAUCCAGGAGAAAUCCCAAAGUUAAAAAUGAAUUUUUUUCUCCUUGAUGAGUGUGAAACCUGUUGUUAUGAAAACCCCUCUCGACACUGUUUGAAUAUUUAACCGUUUUGUCUCGUCCCCUUUUCUCAAACCAUGACAGAGCCCAUAUGCACAAGCCACAAAUGUUAAAAUUCAUCAAUGGCCUUUAUUUUUUUAAAGAGAUGGUUUAUCCCUUCUUUUCACUGAUAAAAGUUUGACUUUUUUUUUUGUCUGUCUUUUUGUCUAGACUCAAAUGAAUACAUUCAUACUACUUUUAUGUUGAAGGUAAAUAAAGAGGGCGAUGGAGAGGGAUAGUCAUUUCACCUUUUUUUCUCUGUAAAGUUAACUUUCUCAUGAAGGAGUUACCAUACACAUUUUUGUGUGUCUUCGAUAUUGUUACAUUUAAAUCUGUGUUUAUGGUGUUAGGCUAGCUUUGCAUUUACAAACACCUAGUAGAGUGUUAGAAGUAUGCUGUCUGUUUAGUGCCACAAAGUCUCGUGUAAGUUUUUAGAAAGUGGCUUUUGUCCAUGCUGUACACUCUAUGUCAAACUAGUGCCACGGCAGGGAAAAUGUACUAUAGCAGGCAUGAUAACUCCCUGGGGAAAAAAUCUUGUCUGUUUUUAAUAGAGAUCGCAACCAACAUGGUUCUUUUAUCGAUUACCUUAUAUUGAAAAGUUUUCAUUUGAAAAGUUGAGGGAAUGGUUAUGUGAAAAGUUCACAUUUUUAAGAGAAAAUUGUCACUCAAGAAAAUAAAACUACAAAAUGUAGUGGCUCGAUUCAUGUACUAUAUUCUCUUGCCUAUGUUACUUUUCAAAUUUUGAAACAAUAUGAUGGUGAUGAUCUCUACAUGUUGAUACAUUUUGCAUCUUUCUUUUUAACUUGAAAAUAUGUUUAUCACAUUCUUUACAGAAUUAUGUAAUGUAUACCUGACAACUUUAUUUUUAUAUACCUUAAUUUUCUGUGUACUGCUGAAUUUACCUGUGUGAAUCUGUACUUGUUUUUACAAAUGUAGUGCGUUACAGUAUUACAUGGAUAGGUUGAACACAGAAGACUCCAAAUCACACAUCCAUCGAAGUGCGCCUGUGGUCCUGUUUUUUUUUUCUCUUUAUCUUUGUAAGAUAUCCCUCGAACUACCGAGGCCGGUCCCGAUGAGUUCGAGCUAUCCGUGUUAUACUAUAUAUAACUUUCUCAUCAUUGUCUUAUUACAUGUAUAUUUUUUUUACCAGUACCCAGUAUUUGCCAUGGCAAAAAUAUUAUGAGCACUGUAUUUUAUUUAACUACCUUGGUUUCAUGAAUUUUAUUUGGUGCUAUCCUGUGAUUAUUUACUUGACUUUUUAUAUUUAACUGCAUUCUCUAUUGGUGUUGUAUUAUUUAUGCUUAGAUUAUCUAAAAAACAAGAAGAAUAGAUUAUUUUCAUACGA